GAACUCUGUGUGUUGAAGUCCUUGACUAGUGUCACCUGGAGGUCGUUCCACACGGAGCGUAAGACUGAGCAGGCCACAGGGUUCAUUGAUGGAGAUCUGAUCGAGAGCUUCCUGGAUCUGGGUCGAGCGAAGAUGCAGGAGGUGGUCAGCACUCUGCAGAUGGAUGACGGCAGCGGGAUGAAGCGCGAGGCGACGGUGGACGAGGUUAUUAAAAUCGUGGAGGAGCUGACGCGGAUCCACUAACCGCGAGCGUCACACAUCUGUACAUAACUAACCCUACAUCAGAGCGUGUGUGUUUGUCCACCUGAUGAAUAGAGUUCAGUCACGCUCACACACUCGUCUUCAUGUGCUUGUCCUGAGCCUCCAGAUGAAGAUUCUGCCAGCACCGAUCCGCAAUAGCUUUAGUGAAGCGUUUAUCAGUGUGGUGUCUCUGUUCGUUCAUUUAUUUUAAUAAAGUUUCCUUCAGUA